AUGCCUUUCCAUCGGAUCAGUCAAUGGACCGGGGGAUUCUUCAAGGACACGUCAUUGACCAAGAUCGGGUUGGAAGUCCACCUUGGCCAUGCAGGCAAGCCUUGCCCUGGAUUGACUGAUGAAUGGUGUGAUACAGAUGAUGAAGGAGACCAUUUGACUGAAGGCCCAUGGAUACCCCUCAUUAACGAUCCUCGAUUGACCACGGUGGUGGAUACUUCCGGGCUCCACUCCUUGAUGAUCAGAUUCUGUAAGUGCACCGACGCAAUGAGCCCUGACAUGCAACUAUUAGAAACCAGCCUCUUCCCUGCGUCUUUCACUUCGCCGAAGACGGCAUUCACAUUUGCGGUGUUGGACGACUUCCUGCUGGACAACUUGGAAUGCGGGACAUCGGCAAUGAACUACUACACGUGUUCCCUCAUCUGGUUCCAGCAGUGGAGACAAGUGAAGCAGCUCAAGUGGCAUGGGUUUGGUCAUGAGAAGCAAAAGCCAAAGGAGGGGGAGCUUGCACUCUUCUGUCCUGCAUGUCCUCAGCCCGGUGUAAACCUCAAUUUGUCGGAGAGAAAUGAGUCUGACCCUGUGUGGCUGUAUUCCAGAUCUUUGGUUAUGGAUGGCAAUUUUAAGGCCGAGCAUUUGUAUCCCACCAAUCUGACCGAUGAGGUGGCAUUGACUGAUGGCUUGGGCUUCAUGUCUGCUAUACUUGAGACGACAAGUGCGCGCAAGGCGCGGGAAGCGAAGGUGCAUGCAAGGCGCAGGAAAGCGAAGGUAAUAAGAGAAAUGGAAACAUACGCACUAGAGAACUUGGUGGACAGUGGAUGGAUGCUUCCGGAUGGCUGGCGCUAUAGGGCGCUCAAGCGUGGGAAAGCGCGCGCGCGUAUACGUCGUGAAGCGCGGGAAGUGGCGCGCAUGUUGCGCGUUGCAUGGGAAAGCUGCGCCUCAUUGAAUACUGCCAUAUCACACCAUGAGAGGCAUGAGUCUCUACACCGAUACAAAAUGCAUCUAUCCCAGGCACAGGACAUUGUACAAAGGUCAGAAUGUAACAACCACCGAGCGGUCAACCAGGCCAAUGCCUCCCGCCACAAGCUGGAGGCAACAGGGAUAGGCGGGUCUCUGGGGUACAACACCUAUGGGAUCGAUCAGGCGUUCACAUUCUAUGACAUUAAUUGUCAAUACAACAAGCAUCUCAGGAAGCAGAUUGAGGAGUCGCCUUAUCUUGACCUUCCAUGGGGAAUGGACAUUAUUCCUGGUAUUGGGCUCUGGCAUGUCCACAGCCAUCAAGACAAAUGCUAUGUGCAGUAUGCAUCCAACUUCAUAACUGGUGCCGCCAGGAUCGACAGCGAAAUCAUGGAGACCCUGUGGGCGCCCUUGAACAUCAUAUCACUGUCGGCAAGGGGGAUGUCCACCCCCCACCGAAAGGAGUGUUUAGACUUUCAAAUGAAUGACUGCAAUUUUAUGAAGAUGAUACGCAUCAGCAAAUUCCUUUGCAGAAAAUUUAAGGAGGCUGUGCAGGGAGUCCAGGACAGCCGACAUGCAUUUGACCGGUUGAGCGAGACCGCCGAGGAUGACACCCUUGUUAAAUGGGAAGCAGAGGCCGUUGCCGCUCAGGAUGACCGACUCCAUAAUCCCAGCUCCAUGGACAUAUACAAAGUUCGAUUGAAAAAAUCGCCAACCAGAAAACAGCAAGAGUUGCACCUGUUGAAUCGCCAGGCACAAUGGCCUGCCGGCGAGAUCCAUCAUGGUGCAGCAACUUGGCUGGCCUGUGGAAUUACACUGGAGGAGUCGCAAGUGGCCCUCCUCAUUGAUGUAAAGAAGUUGGGAAAGCGGCCAAUGGACACACAGAAGUUGGCCAUAGCCCGGCGUCGUGACAGAUUACAAGGACAACUUGAUGAAUUCGUCAGGGUCGCAGUAACAUUUCUCGGUGAUGAAUUACACCGCUGUGACCAUUUGGAUGGCAUGACAGUGAUGUUGGAUACAGCAGAAUUGGACUCCGUCGGGUCAUCGUGCGAGGAGCCCGAUAGGCCAGAUGAUGAAGACCGAUAUGAUAUACCGGUAGAGUUCAAUCUUGAGACUGUGGUGAUUCCAUUGCCGUCCAAUAUCAGCAUAGAAAGGUGUGCCCAGUGGGGUGUUGCGGACCUGGUCCUGCAAGAAAUAUCAUUAAGAGAAGGCCAAGCAAAUGAUGCAUUGCAUGCCAUCAGGGUUAACUUAGCAGACAAGGCCAUUCUCUUUUGCACAACGGUUUGGUCAGCAAAGUCGCAAGCACGGUCAACUAGGGCAUGGGCCCGGGUGCACUCGGUUGACAAGGUUCUUCACCUGAAUGCACAAAUAUACUCAAAAUGCCACAAGCAACUCAUUCACCUCGGCGCCGAUGACUUAUUGACCAAGUACCGGCCGUUGGAGAAGGCCGACCUCAAGGCUACUACUGUGGUGGCAGACCCGAACGUACAUGGUCAAAGGAAUAACACAUUAGCAUGGUUUUGGUCCAUUGAUGUGGAGGGGGAUUCUGCAAACAAUGAUUGGAUGAAUGAAUUUUACCGAGUGCAUUGGCUUAGGACGCUGACCCUGCGUGAUCGUUGGGCAGAGGAGCUGCUGUUGGUCGGUCGGGAAAUGAUUUGGACGGUUGAAUUUUUUAUUCACAAAUCCCAACAAUGGGUCGGCCGAAUGCAGCAGGCCGAUGCAACUCACAUGGUCGGGCACAGCUGCUAUGCUGCCCGCCAGGCUCAAAUUUAUCUCCGACUCUCACAGCAUGCACAAAAUAGCUUCGACAGAACAAAAGGGCUGGUGGUGGUGAGUUUGCUACUUCUUGAUUGGCCGCCAUCUAGCUUGCAUGCGACCGGAACCAUAUACCUCGGACGCCAGCUUACAAAACAAGUUUUAUCCGGCACCUUCAGUGGGAGGCAGAUGUACAUUCACCAAGUGGUUUCUAGCUACCGCUAUGAUUGGUGGAAAGAUUGCUUUGACCGGUUGGGGUCGGAGCUGCCGGUCUUGAACAUGCAUGAGGUCAUGGAGAUGACACAGGACCACUUUGAACAACUGGUCGCUGAUGGGAGCAAUGCAGUUACCACACAGAUCAAACUCGCUCGCUGGGCCAUGGACAACAGCCUUGAUCACAUAUAUACUUGUAUGCAACUUUGGGCCUCGGUGUUCAACUGCGCAGCUGUGAUUUGCAACAGGCAAUGCCCUCUUCACCGAGAUCCAAGAUCUGCUCCAGAAGGCUUCAAUGUCAUGACUAGUGUCGGCCACUAUUGUGGUGGGCUCAUGACCCUGUCCAACCUCGGUAUACAGUUGCACUAUAACUCUGGUGCAAUGGUUGCUUGCUCUGGACACAUCAUCAGGCAUGGCAUCACAUUCACCGGUGAUCACAUAGUUUGGACAUGGUUCAUGCGCGAUAGCCUUCACAACUUUGUGGGGACACCUCGGCCACAGUAUGCGACAUACAUGGAUGUAUAUUGA